UGGAGAAAUUAGUGAAAUAAUUGCUAAAUAUGCUCCAAUAUCAUUAGGAGCCGAUUUGUCUGAUUUUACAAAUAAUGAAAAAGUUGCCGUAGAAAAAUUGGUUGCAGCUGGAAGGAUCAUUGAUAGAAUUUAUCUUCGUCAAAAGUGGAAGAGAAAUGAAUCUCUAUUAGAGCAGUUAUUAUCGGCAACUCCACGUGAUGAAAAUGCUAUAUUAUUUUUUAAAUUAAUGAAAGGACCGUGGGAUAGAGUUGAUGGAUAUACAUUACCUUAUCCACCAAAUAUUCCUAAGCAUAAACCACUCGGGGGAAAUUUUUAUCCUGAAGAUAUGACCAAAGAUGAAUUUAAUCAUUGGCUUAAAAAAUUAUCACCAAAAGAACAAAAGGAUGCUAAUGGAUUUUAUCACGUCAUUAAAAGAAAUGAAGAUACUGGGGAACUGUAUUCAAAUCCGUAUUCAAUUGAAUAUAAAGAUUUAUUAUGUGAUGUAUCUAUUCUCCUGAAAGAAAGUUCUAGAUUAGUUGAUGAUGAUUCAUUAAGCAAAUUUUUGAAAAGUAGAGCUGAUGCUUUUUCAAGUAACAAUUAUUUUGAAAGUGAAGUGGAUUGGCUUAACAUUAGUAAAGAAAGUAAAAUCGAAGUUACCGUCGGACCCUACGAAGUGUAUACUGAUGAACUAUUUUCCGCUAAAAGUGCAUUUAAUUUUUAUAUUCAUGCACGUGAUUUCCCAUUUUCUAAAACUUUGGAAAAAUUUUCGAAUAGUUUGCAAUAUGUUGAAAAUCACUUACCUGUUCCUGAUGAAUAUAAGAAUAAAAAAUUAAAAGCUACCCCAAUCGUCGUAGUAAAUCAAUUAUACGCUUCCGGAGACGUUGCAGUUCCAAUGACCGCUGCUUAUAAUCUUCCAAACGAUGAAGAAGUCAAGCGUAUAGGCAGUAAAUUAGUAAUCAUAAAGAACGUUCAAGAAGGAAAAUAUCAAAAGAUUUUGGUUCCAAUCGCUCACUUGACAAUUGGUCACGAUCAAAUUCAACAUUUGUGUUUCGACGCGUUUUUCACUCACAUACUUCUUCAUGAAGUGGCUCAUUCUAAUGGACCUCAUUAUACUAUUGGACCAAAUCCUGAAACUGUUCGAUCCAGAUUGCAAGAAUUUUAUUCUGUCAUCGAAGAAGCUAAAGCUGAUAUAACCGGAUUAUUUGCUGCAGAAUUGUUACUUAAAAAGGGACUUUUGACUGCACCUUCUCUUGAACAAUUUUAUGUGACAUACCUUGCAUCCGCUUUUAGAUCAAUUCGUUUCGGUAUUAAUGAGGCUCAUGGAUUGGGUCAAUGUAUUCAGAUUAAUUAUAUUUUAGAACAAGGAGGAUUUGAAUAUGAUGAAAAGUCAAAAAGAUUUUCCGUUAAUUUCGUUAAGGUAUCCCAAGCUGUAUCAAAUUUGACGAGAGAGAUUUUAAUAAUGCAAGGAGAUGGCGAUAAAUCACGUGUCGCACUUUUUAUUUCAAAAUAUGGUAAAAUUUCUGAACAAGUAAAUUGUGCUUUGGAAAGUUUAGGUAAUUAA